AUGAACCGAAAUGCUCGAAAACUUGAAUUAAAUAUGGCAUUAAGAGUAUUACCAAUAUUUAAUCCAUUAAAUGAUUAUCAUAUCUAUCAUAUUAAUCAAUCAACAUCGUCUAUUCUAUUACAUAAUUUAAUUGAACAAUCAAGAAAAACAACUCGAUUUACUAUUGAUACAGAAGAUGAUUAUUAUACACGUCGACCAGCAUUAAUUCAAAUUGAAUUCAUACAAUGUCAAUCUAUCGUACUAUUAAUUGAAGUGCAUCAUUUACCACAAGCAACAUCAGUCAUAUUUUGGUUAAUAAGAUCACUUGUGAAAAUAAUCUUAAAUCUAUCCAAUUGUAUAUAUUCAUGGGGUAAUGGUGAGAAUGAAUUAAAUAAAUUUAUAUCAUGUGGACUUUUUUCAUCUAAACAACUUAAACAAAUAAAUAAUAUAGACAUUCAAAAACUUUUUUGA